AUGAUGCUUGAAGGGUAUACGGUACAACCUCCACAGUCUACUUUGAUAGGUGACAUUGAAAUUCAGGACGAAAAUGCAAACCAAGAAGUUAAGAACGUACUUUACCAAGGAGUUCAAAAGGGUAUAAAAAGGCUAGAAAAAAGACAAAGGAGGGUUGCAUUAGGUGAUGUAACCUCUCAAAAGGCAAACAAAAUACACAAUGCUAUACAUAAUAAAUUCCAUCAGACGAAGAACAAUUUUGAAAUAGAGAACAUACGCUCAUCGGCCUUGGUAAAAGAACAACAACGAGACGUAAGGCAUGAAGAUAGCGACUAUUUUUUAAUUGAUAGUUCUGAAGGCUCUUCUACUGAUGACGAACAAGUUAAUGAAGAUGCUAUUGAUGAUUUGUUAAGUCGAAGAGUAAAUGAUCAGCAGAUUCAAGCCGAUGAAGUGUAUGAAGAUUUCGAUGGAGAAAUGCAAGAUGUCAUUGAAGAGGAUGUUGAUAGUCAAAUUGAACCACUAUCACCAAUAAACAACGAUGAAAUUCAGACUGAGCUGGACAGGGCGUUUGAAAAAUAUUUUCGGUCGGUUCCCAAUCCGCUGGAUGAUGAUACCCAUGAUGUUGUGAUGGUUGUGGAGUACGCUUCCGACAUAUUCUAUUACUUGAGAGAACUUGAAGUGAAAUAUAGGCCUAAUCCCUACUAUAUGCAAAAUCAAGUAGAGCUUACAUGGCCGUUCAGACGAACUAUGAUAGAUUGGCUAGUUCAACUGCAUUUUAGAUUUCAACUUUUACCAGAAACGCUAUACCUGACGAUUAAUAUAGUGGAUAGAUUUCUGUCAAAGAAGACCGUUACUUUGAACAGGUUUCAAUUGGUUGGUGUAUCGGCUUUAUUUAUUGCUGCCAAGUUUGAAGAGAUUAACUGCCCCACUUUGGAUGAUCUAGUUUACAUGCUGGAAAAUACAUACACUAGAGAUGACAUUAUUAGAGCGGAACAGUAUAUGAUAGAUACUCUGGAAUUUGAAAUAGGUUGGCCAGGACCCAUGCCAUUUUUAAGAAGGAUAAGUAAAGCAGAUGACUAUGACUUCGAACCAAGAACAUUAGCAAAGUACUUAUUGGAAACUACAAUAGUAGAACCCAAACUAGUGGCUGCGGCACCAAGCUGGUUAGCUGCUGGCGCGUAUUUUCUGAGCAGAACAAUUCUUGGUUCAAAUGAUUGGUCUUUAAAACAUGUAUUCUACUCUGGCUAUACAUCCAGCCAAAUAAUUCCUUUAGCAUCACUGAUAUUGGAGAAUUGCAAGAACGCAUCUCGACGCCAUCAUUCAAUUUGGAAAAAAUACUUUGACCAAAAGCAUUACCGCUGUUCUCAAAUUGUAGAAGAAUGGAUUGUUUCGACAGAAGCCUAA